AUGGCCGCGGCUGGGGCGACUCAUUUGCUUCCACGCACCACAUCUGAGUGGGUUGCGCUGGUGAGGAGGGCACUGCAUCUACGAUUAGAUGAACUAGAGAUUCCUGAACAUUUCUUUGUAAAAGAUAUCCGCACAGGGCGCCGCUAUUCGCACCUGCAGGAUCCAAUGCGAACGCCCCAUCAACGCGAAGGCGCCACGUUGGUCCUCCUCUCGCCACCAUCCAAGAUGACGGGGAGGGGAUUUCAGGAGAUGUGCAUUACACUCACGAAGCGAACGGCAAAUGUUCGUUGUCAUAAGAAUCAGAUGUCAUUUCCAGGAGGGAAGGUGAACCAUGGUGAGUCGCCUGUAGCUGCUGCGCAGCGGGAAACCAUGGAAGAAGUGGGCAUUGGCGCAUCAUUGUACCAUGUCAUUGGUCAAUUGCAUCCGAUUUACUCGCUUGACAGCGGAUACAAAGUGUUUCCCGUAGUUGCAGUUGCCACCACCGCCGUAGAGCCACUCUGCAACAGUCCAGAUGAAGUGGCUUCAAUUCAUUAUCUGCACCUCUCUCGUCUCUUGCUGGACUCGUCGCGAGUGCACUGCCGCAUUAUCAGACGGCACGCCCUAACAAGGGCGGCACCCGCCCUUUUCCCUUGCUUCUUUGCUAGUAACUCGCAGACCGUGGCAUGCAGUGAUGUAUGUCCCACACUAAAUGCACCGCCAAUUCCAGAAGAUGGUGGUUUGUUACCCAUGCUGCAGGAAGAUUUUCCUGGUGAACUCGUAUGGGGAAUAACCUCCUUUGCUACGUGCGAGUUUUUACUGCGUCUUGCUGCAGUGCUAGCAUUGCGUAAACAUAGUGAACUCCAAGCGAUGGAUUUACUGAGGUGCAGUUCAGUUGUUGCGCGCUUCCCAGAAGGUUGUAAGGGGGUAAAAGGUUGA